AUGACCGGUACCAAGAAUAAAAAGAACAAUGAAAAUGCUGAGCAGGAUCAGGACGACAUGCUCGGCACAACGCCCUUUGCGUUUGCGCCGGCCGGGCGCGAGGCGGGGUCGAUUGGUCUUUCCCUGCGGCAGCGCUCGCGCUCCCUCAGGCUGACCCCGAGCACCCGUAUCGUGGAGGGCAUGGAGGCCGGCGGCAGCAUCAGCCUCAACGGCAGCCUGCGCGUCGCGCCAUCAAUACGUCCGCCGCGGAAACCGCGGGGGCGCAAAGGGUGGCAAAUGGCGCUUGCUGCGCUCGCCGCAGUGGCCUGCGUUUUCGCGAUCGCGCAGAUUGGCAGCAGGCUGUACGUCUUGCAGCCGCAGCGGGGCAGCGGCGGCAGUGGCGGUGGCGGCCGCAGCGGCAGCGGCAGCGGCGCCUUGGACGUGGGCGGCUCCGCUGGUGCCCAGGCAACGAGGCAGCUGAUGGACCAUGAUGCGACGCAGGACGCCUGCGCAACCGGGCAGCGGUGCGGCAUCUCCUGCUGCCAGAGCUGGGAAAGCUGCUUUGGAGGCACCUGCUGCCCGGCUUCCCGGGUUUGCGGCGCCAGCGGCUGCUGCCCCGAUGGCAUGAUCUGCCAAGAGGGGGUUUGCCGCGCCAUCGGCCAGCGGAGCGGCUGCGGACCUGGUCAGCUAUGGACCAACGACGGCUGCUGCAACACGCAGCGGAGUCAUCAGGACUAUCGCGGGUGGCUGCUGCCCGGCUCCACAGGUUUUUUCGGGCGGAUGUGCCAAAGCACCACCAGCGGCGCGUUCUGCUGCCCGGACGGCACCCAAUGCUUCCAAGGCGUCUGCAAGGACAAGAAGUCGUUGUAA